UCACAAUUUGGCAACUAACUGCCAAUAAUGGGGAAAAAGAAACCAAUCCCUGAGGAGGACCUAAUUAUACCGCCACAAAACUCUCAAAUAUGUGGCGUGAUAUGUGUUUGUCAGCUAACCUUCGUGUUGAGCACGGUAGCCAUCGUUUAUCUGACCGUAGCCAUCUACAUGCCGUCGUCACGUGUAAUGAAAAGUGGCAUCGAUGAGACCCCAGUCAUGUGCACAACCACCAAAGCCCUCAACAAGGAUGCAUGUGAGUGGGGUUCUUGUGGAGAAUGGUGUCUCAGUAAGACCUCGGGUGCUUGCAUACAAAUUUUUGUACAUCUUCGCACCAAUGGAAGCAGUUUGACAUUCCAGAAUUGUACCAAUUCGGCCAAUAAAACGUGCUAUGGGAUAGAUCAAGAGAAUGCGAAGAAGGCUCGUUGUAUAGCAGAUGAGUGCAAAAACCUUACCGGGACUUUCAACUGCACUACUGGAAUGUGCAUCAACAUUACGGAUGCAUUUGAAUGUGUGUUCAAGAACACAGAUAGUCCUUUGAAGUGCUCAGGACGACGAGGCAAGAUCACCUGUAUCGACAUAAAUGGGCUAUUCUCAUGCAAUCGUGGAACAUGUCGAAAGAUAAGAACUCCAUACAAUUGCGACCGCCGCUGUGUGGAUAUUCCAACUAGGAAUAAGAAUAUGAUACUAUUGAGUGGAGAUAAAGUUUAUCUUUCGCAAUGUUCAAAUGCGAUUGACACAGUAAAGAAUACCGAAGUGUGGAAUGAAUCGGACAACAAAGUUAUAAUGGCUUCCUGUUAUACCAUUCAGAAUACAAGCAAUGGCAUCCAGGCUACGGAUUGCGUCAAUGGGUCUCUCCUGGAAAAGGAUGAAUUAACCGAUCUUACCAACUUCACUUAUCUUAGCUACCUGCACUAUGCUGUAUCCACGCCAAUUAAAACUAUUGCUCCUUUGGAACAAGAUUUGACCAUAUCCAACGAGUCUAAACUGAUGAUCAAUUUGGAAGGCUGCGUAAACACGCUCCAGGACGAAUGCAAAGAUUUCCUCAAAGAAUACGGCAAGGAUGGCACCGAUCAUAAUGCUCGAGCACGAUUCCCGUGCUUCUAUUCCACUAAUAAGCCGGAUAUGGUGGUGGCUCGUUUCGACAUGGAAGCAUCAUACAAACAGUUCAUGGUUGGGUUCUUCGUACCAACCAUCUUGUUUGCAGUGUCCUGUCUAACUUUGAUAUUCUGCCAGAAAACAAUCCAUAUUGGCGAUGACGCAAGAAUGCGUUUUGUCGGUUGUGCCGACAAAGAAGCUCUAUCUGCUAGUGGAGGUGUCAAUGGCAAAUCUAAAGCCAACUCUGGUGAUGGCGGUGGAGGCGGCGACUCGGUUAUGGCUCUCUGAGAUCCAUCACGCAUUCCUCUACUGCAAGAAGACAGUCCAGUUCAUCAAUCAGGUGUAUUUUCACUUCACUGAUUUGCCGUCAGAAGUUUCAAUUUCCUCUUCUACCACUACUUUCGAUCGAACCGAACAUGUCGAUUUGUUUCUCGUCUUCUUUAAAUUGAGUGAGCACCGUAUAGUUCUUAGUUUCCCCGAGAAGGAAAGGAAGCGUGAGAGUGUUAAGAUUUAAUGACAAUAACACACAUUUUAUCCCUUUCAAAUCCACUUAAGGCACGAAUGCGAAUAUUUGAAUGCGUAAAGCAUAACGCGUAACGCAGAGGAGAACAUAAUUUGCGCUGAAGAAUAUCGAGACAGCUGCUCCACCACAUCCAAUGACCAAUAUGAUAAGUUAAUACCAACCCGAAGUGUAUUCCAAGCAUAAUAGAUACCGUUUAUAGUUGUGUUGUCUACAGGAGAGAGCUUCUAUUUUGAUACCAAUAUUGUUGAUUAAAGUUAAUAUCCGCUUUUGUGAAACCAAAAAAAUGCAAUAGCCUGAAGUUACCAAUGGCUUGAAAACGGAAAAAUGGUGUUUCGUAUUUAGUCAUGCGUAUCGUAUAAAAUAUGUUGUUGCGAAAGCUUUCGUUAAAUUAGAUUGGGUUUUGAGAUUUUAUUGAAAAGCAAAGUUGAAAAUCUACACCAAUA